AAGAAAAGAAAAGAAAAUGUACAAGUCGAAGUUGCAAGAGCUUUGCCAGCAAAGGCAAUGGGCAUUGCCAUGGUACACCUCCAUGAAAGAUGGCCCUGAUCACAAUCCUUGCUUCAAAUCCUCCGUCUUCCUCAACGGCACCUCGUUUCACUCCUCUGUCCCUUUCAAAUCUUGUAAAGAAGCACAAAACGACGCCGCUAAGUCCGCUUUCCUUCACUCCUCCCAUUCCCUUGCUGCUGCAAAUCCUGUUCAAGAGCCUGAGUUAGGAAUGUACAAGAAUCUGUUGCAAGAGUUGACUCGGAGAGAAGAAUGGAGUUUACCAGAUUAUAAGACAACUCAAUGUGGUGAGCCUCACAGGCCUACGUUUUUCUCAAGCGUUGAAGUGAAAGGACAUGUUUUUCCUGGGAAAGGAGGGAAAUCCAAAAAGGAAGCUGAGAUCAACGCUGCUAAACUUGCUUACACCAAUCUAACCAAUCUUAAAUCAUCCUCUCAAGACGUGCAAGUAGAAGGAAAAGAGUUGGCAAAUUCCACUACCAAUAUUGUUAACUCCGAUUCUUGCUCUAAAUCUGUGCCUGUCUCACUCAAAGAAGGCUUCCAAGGGGAAACUCUCAAAUCUGCGCCCGGUUCAGACUUAACCCCUGCUGUAGAAAACGAAGAACAUGCCAAAGAAGGUAAAUAUUUUCACCUUGCUCCAAUAUUCUAUUUCUUCAUUUUCAAACCACACUUUUUACUUAAAUGCCUUAAAUUCAUUCGUGUGUGGCUUAUUGUUGCCUGCUAUUUACUCAACAACAGGUUCAGAGUUUAUCUAUGUUACCCUGACAUUACAUUUCCACAGGGUAUCACCGUGGUGCCCAUCAGUGAGGAUAAAUGGGUGGCUGAGAGCUUGGAAUUCCCAAAUGGAACAGAUGAUUGA